AUGAGUAGAUUUUAAGAAGCCUUGAAAUAUUAUGAUUUGGCAAUUGAGAAAAACCCUGAAAAUUCAGAAUAUUAUUGUUUCAAAGGUAUAAUUGACUUAUAAUUUUAAUAGCGGCUACUUUAGGAUUUUUUAGAUAGGUUUGAUGAAUCAAAAGAAUAUUGUAAUUUUAUCAUUAUGAAACACCCUAAAAGUUUAAAUUAUUAACAGUUUGAAGAGGUUACUGUAAGUUAAAUGAAUAGACUUAAAGAGACUUUAAAAUAUUAUGAAUUAGCCAUUUAAAAAAAUCCUAAAAAUUCUGAAUAUUAUUAAUUUAAAGAGAAUACUUUAAAAAAAAUAUAUGAAUUUGAAUCAGCAAUGAAAUCUUGUUAUUAGAUCUUUAGAAUAACUAGAUGA